UGUGAUGCACUUCCGAGUCCGCAUUUGGCCUCACUGUUUGACUUCCUAGUGUAUGCGUCAUCAAAACAACAUAGCUAAGCGUGUGAUGGUGAAAACCCGUAGGGCAUUAAGGAUUUUAAACAUUACAUUCUUUUUCUAUGUUUGUUAAUGACGAUGGUUGUUCUAAUCUAGUAAACAAUUAAGGGGUGGAGAACAGAAAAUAUACUGGUACACUUUUCCAAGGCCAAGAGACAUUGUGCUGGGACCUCGAUAUUGCCUGUUGACAACAGCCGCAGGAGAGCGGCACCAGCCGAGAAGGCUGUCUGUUUCUGUCCGGUAAGUUGGGAGAGGAAAGGGAUACCAACUGACGCGGCUCGUGGGAGCGGCGGGUGUCCAGCCGGAGACACGGGGAGCAGGAUAGGGAAGCAAGGGGAAGAGGGCGCCCUGGGGUUGUCGGAGAAGAUGGCGGGCAGCCCCGAGAAGAGCGCCUCUGCUCAGGAGCUGAAGGAACAGGGCAACCGCCUCUUCCUUAACCGCAAGUACCAGGAGGCUGCGGUGUACUACAGUAAAGCCAUCAACCGGAACCCCUCGGUAGCAGUGUACUACACUAAUCGGGCGCUGUGCUAUGUGAAACUACAGCAACAUGACAAGGCCUUGGCCGACUGCAAGCAUGCACUGGAGCUCGACAGUCAGUCGGUCAAGGCACACUUUUUUCUGGGGCAGUGUCACCUGGAGAUGGAGAACUAUGAUGAGGCCAUUGGCAAUCUGCAGCGAGCCUAUAACUUGGCGAAGGAGCAGCGCUUGAAUUUUGGGGAUGACAUCCCCAGUGCCCUCAGGAUAGCCAAGAAAAAACGCUGGAACAGCAUCGAGGAGAAACGCAUCAACCAGGAGAACGAGCUGCACGCCUAUCUAACCAAACUCAUCCUGGCAGAGAAGGAGAGGGAGCUGGAAGAGUACCGCGAGAAACAAGAGGACGGUUUGGAGGACAACAGGAGCAGGAACGAAAUGGCGAAGAUCCAAUCAAAACACGACAAGUACUUGUCGGACAUGGACGAGCUGUUCUCCCAGGUGGACGAGAAGAGAAAGAAGCGCGAGAUCCCUGACUACCUGUGCGGCAAGAUCAGCUUCGAGCUGAUGAGGGAGCCCUGCAUCACCCCCAGCGGGAUCACCUACGACCGCAAAGACAUCGAGGAGCACCUACAGCGAGUUGGACACUUUGAUCCUGUCACCCGGAGCCCGCUGACCCAAGACCAGCUGAUCCCAAACCUGGCCAUGAAGGAGGUGAUCGACGCCUUUAUCCUGGAGAACGGCUGGGUGGAGGACUAUUGAUCCACCCCCCCCCCCCUCCCCGAGGCCCCGAGAAGGAGAUUCAAAUGCAUUUUAAAAAGCAUGGAAAGAUGAACCAGAGACAAAAGAAAAGACUAACCAGUACGCCCUCCUGGAUUUGCACUUUAAACACGGGGCCCACCCAGCAGACUGCCAGACUGGGGCACAGAGACCUGACUGUGAUCUUCAGCUACAUCAAGCUGCUGUUCCCUGCGUUUUUCUUGGCCUCGCCCCCCCCAGCCUGCCUUCCUGGAUCACAGCACCCAAAAAUGUGGCCCAGACGGUUCCCUCAUUCCUCUCUCUCCUACAGUAGAAAUGCAGCAGUCUUGUUCUGUGCACUGUCCGUUUUACUCUUUUUUUUGUUUGUUUGUCUGUUUGUAUACUUGCAAUCUUAUUUUGUUAGAAUUGGUUAGAAUUUUUUGUUUUAUUUCCCAAUUUUUUGCUGAGAGGCGCUCUCUGACCUUUUUGCAAGUGAUCGUCUUUAAAAGCCAAAGACAGAUCCAAGUCAUUUUACAAUCAGAUACAGUAAGUGUAAUGCAGGACUUUAAAAAAUGAAAUAAAAAAACAGAGCAAGCUUUUACACAGAUUACAGAAGUAUACAAAUGUACAUGUGCAUUAUGGGAUAAUAUUUGGUUAAUGCUUUAUCCACUGGGCUGUGGUUAAUGCAUGUGAGGAGUGGCUAGCGCAUGUCGGGUGGAACAUAACAUGGCCUGUCGUUCAGUUGCUACUAAUAUGGCUGCUGGAGGUCUCUACAUGGGCUGUUUCUCCACACCUGUGUGACUCGGCUUGUCUUUCGCUGGACAGGUGGCUUUGCCGUUGGGAAGAUAGGUCGAGACCCUUGAUUUCACCAAGCUAAAAUGGCCUUGUUGGGAGUACAUGAAAAUGCUCUUCGUUGCUUCAUUUCAAACAGGUUUGGGUUUCUUGUAUGUCGGCAUGGAAACAUGUUGAGGAACGCAUUUCCACUGACUGUGCUGGAGGAUUGGCUAUGCCUGCGCUGAACACGCCUGGCCCAUGCGUAGUCUCUAGCUGUGUGGGAAAUCAGAGGGAUAUUGCGGUAAUGAGCAUGUUGCGAGCUUUGAUCCACAAUGGCGGUCAACAGAAAGGCAUGGUGAAGAUGAGCCCUCGCGGCUUGUGGUGUUGCAGAGUUCCCUGGGCUGCGGUUUCAGUGACCGCUGGCUCUCCUGCUCACGUGGCUGUUAAACAAUCAUCAGCCCCUCACUGUUUUUGAAAGUUCAUAAUUUAAGGUCAAAAUUCCAAGUUUCUCACAAUGAGCUGAACAUCAUUUUGUCUGGAGCGGUAACAAUCACAUUGAUCAUAGUUUUCAUAUGUAUAUAUUUUUUUACAUGUAGUUUACCUGCCAUUAUGCUGGACCACAAAAUGCUGAUGAUGUGGUUGUAAGUGACAGGUGAUUUGAUUGGUGGUGGCAUUACGACAGCGGCAUUCAUCAUAAUUCAGUUUACCGCACCCACUGCUGUGUACUGAGAUUGUUCCUGUACCGGAGCAGUAGACAUGGGCUGAAUGUUGUAAGGAGGCAUGCAAGGUGUUCACAUUGCUUUGGGAAAAUAGUGGUUUGGUAUUGAAAAUACUUCCUGUGAAUCGCAUCCAUCUGUUACAGAUCCUAAAAUAUUAAAAUAAAAAAAUGCGUAGUUAAACUUUUUUCGUGAUUUGUUUCUGCUUAAAACAUUUCAGUGGCUUUUCUCUCCAUUUUUUUCCAAAACCAUAAUUUGACUGAACUUCAAUCCAAAAAAAAGUAUUUUUAAAAAUGGAUUAAAAAUCUACAGGAUAUCUUUAUAUUGAGUAUUUUUUGCAGUAUUGUUUAGGUAAGGGUGCACAGAGAGAGGACAGGGGUUAUAUUGUGUAUCUGUUGCCUUUAUGUGCGUUUCAUAUAGCAAAAGGGCUAUCGUUUGACAAAAUAAAUUAUAGUCCCACUUAAACUGCUAUGUGUAGUUGCCACCAUACCAAAACUACUGUUUUUAAACAGGUUUAAUCAUCAUGUACAACAUCCCGGAGAGAGCAAGGGUAUAGCCAUUUAAUCCCUCUGCGGGGUGCAUUAUCAUUUUUCCUUUGUGGAAGGGGCCAAUGAACUCAAAGCACUAUCACCCCUCAGUAUUAGAUGGUAUUGCAUCAUGCUGGGUGCUGCUGCAGAUUAGUCUCGUUUAAUAGGCAUUGGAGUACAGCUGUGCCUAGCGUCAGACCCCAGGAGGCUCGAGUAAGUCUGCGUUAGUUUUACCUAAUCAAGGCUGCGUAGUCCGUUUCCAGUGAGGAGUGGGAUUGACUGCAGAUGAAUGCUCCCUCGACAGAGGGCAUGAAGCGAAAUGGUUGUGAUUGAACAGCGCUAAAUUGCUACAUGAAAGCAAAGCCCUGUCUUGUAACCAAGAGUUUUCUGAUACUUGGUUGUAUGUGUCAAACUUGCUACCGUAAGCGAUUCUCUUGUCGCUUUUUUACACAUGAAAGUUGCUUGAUUGUAAGUGAGAUCACAGUAAGCUAAUUUAGGAUCGAUGAAUGCUUGGCUAGCUGGUCUUGCUGGAGGAAACAAAUGGAACCCCAGCAUUAAGUCAGUUGUGUGCGCUUGUUCUUCUCUCGUUGGCAAAAGACCAUCCUCCACAGUCCACAUUACACUGUUCCAUUUCAGCUGAUGUCCUGCAUUGUACCAGUUCUGAAUUCGGAACACCAAAAUAUGAAAAUCAAACUGCAAUGUCGGUGUAAAUGGUGGAUGCACAAGUUGUACACAAGUUUUGGCAAUCUCCCCCACCAAUCCCUCUCUUGACUCUAGAAUCAAAGGGUCAAACUUAAUGACGACAGUAAAUAUCUGGACUAGUCACAUUGAUGUGAUUCUUCAUAAGUUUCUCAUUCUGACGUUGAGAGCUUGUUUGCUCACCUUUGUUUUAUUUUCAUCGACAGGGGAAGCAUAGUAACUCUACUGCCUCAGUAAUGGCUGAGGUGGAGGUCUUAAAAAAUGUAGUAAAAUAAAAAAGGAGAGGGAAUGACAGCAUGAAAUGGCUGCUUCACUGCAACAGUGUUUAUGGAGCAUACUUGUUUAAAUGGCAAUUUAGCCAAUAGCUACAAAUUGUUACCUUCGAGGAUUCUUGGGUGGAUGUUUGUAAAGAUGUUUGUUUCAUAGUCGUGCCAUAAAUGUAGAUGCACUACAUGGCCAAAAGUAUGUGGACACCUGACAUCCAAAAUCUCAUCCCAAAUUAUGUGUAUUAAUAUGGCAUUGGUCUACACUUUGCUGCUAUUAUGACCAACUUUUCUAGGAAAGCUUUAUACUAGAUGUGGGAGCAUUGCUGCAAGGAUUUGCUUCCUUUCAGCCACAAGAGCAUUAGUGAGGUCGGGCACUGAUUGGUUGAGUUGGCUUUCCAACUGAUCCCAAAUGUGUUGGAUGGGGUUGAGGUAAGGGCUCUGUGCAGGCCUGUCAAUUUGGUCCACACCGUUCCCGGGGGGCAUUGUCAUACUGAAACAGGAAAGGGCCUUCCCCAAACUGUUGAGGAAGCACAGAGUCAUCUGGAAGGUGAUUGUAUGCUGUAUCAUUAAGACUUGCCUUCACUGGAACUAAGUGGCCUUGCCCAAACCAGUAAAAACAGCCCCAGACCAAGGGGUGUCCCAAUACUUUCGGUCACAUAGUGUACUUGUGCACAAGCGAUCAGCCGUUCACUGUGUAGUGUAUAAGUUCUUCUCAUUGUUUGACAUAUGUAUAUGAACUCUCAGCAGUCUUAAUUCUGAUCACAUUAUGUACCAGUAUCGUGGCUAUGCAGGACCCGUCAGAGUGCUUUUGGAGCUUAAGAUGCUUUUCUGCAACAAACAGCCUGACUACAGGGGCACUUUUUGUCUGAGUGGAUUUUAAAAUGUUUGUAGUGGAAUUCCCUAACUAUGCCAUUAGAUACGAGUCGGCAUAAUUUCUUCUGCUCAAAAUCAAAAGCCUUCAUUGCUGGGUUCUGCCUUCUGGCCCACAGUGUUUUCCAAACAGAAACUGUAAAAUGGUAUUUAGUGGAAGACUAGCCCGUUUUUAUAAGAAUGCUGGGUUCCAGAGAUAGUUUGUUUAGCUGCUUAUGUCCUGAUCUAAGAGUUUUGCAUUUUGGUUUUUUUUUUUUUGCUGUGAAAAUUUCAAUACUUUCAGUUAAUGUAAAUUAAAGCCUUGUAUACACUCUCUAAAAAGCAAGUUUUGCCCCUUCUAAUACAGGUAGAUGCUGGGAUUGGUGGUGUUAAUUACCAUCGAUUCUGCAUAUGAUUGUAUGCAUUUUAUUUACUUUUAAAGAUAAUUUCAUUAUGUGUGUGUAUGUGUGUUAGAGAGAGAGAGAGAUUCCUCAUAGAUGAUGUGUCAAUACAAGUCAAAUAUUUUUUUUUUAAAUCUCAUUGCUGUUACACAAAUCAUGUUAUGGUUUUCAGUAACCUGUCUCUGUUCCUCGACAUCUUAUUUAACCUCAAGCAUCAGUAGAUUCCCUGGAGGAAGCUUGGUAUGUGAUAAACAGGGUGCUUGUAGUGAUAGAUAUGCGUAUGUUGUUUUUAUAGUCCUUGCUGUGAAGCCAGCAGAACUGUGUGGUGUUGGUGUGCUUUGCUGCAUUUCCAGACAGCCCUGGUGUUCAGGGUUCAUUUGGGUUAACGCUGAAUGUUUUCAAAUCUAAGUGUGAAUGCAGAUAGCCUCGUCACUCUCUCGACUCCAAGUUGAUAUAUAAUGUUAGACUGAGAAUGGCUAGCAAAUAAAGACAAUUUAUUUCAAAGUU